GCCCAAACCACGCCCGCUCGCCCAAACCACGCCCGCUCGCCCACGUCGACGUGGCUUCGACUCGUGCCUAACCGCCAUUUAUCGCCAGGCUGCAGCGCCCCCUCUCGGAGGGCAGCUCCGCGGCCACUCAAUUCUGCCGCGACCAUUUGAGCGGCCGCGUGAGCUGCAGCAGCGCCCCGGCUGAGAUGCGGGCCUCCGAGGGGCAGCCGGUGAGCGCUGCCAGCAACCGCAUGCCAAACCUGGGCAGCAUCGCCGCGGCCGCCAUCGACCACGGCAGACGCCAGAGCCUCGCCGCCGCCGUCGCUGUCGCGCCCGGGGGCAGUGGUGGGAGAGCUGGGAGCAAUGCCAACAAGCUCCGCCCGCUCUUGCCGAACGUGUCCGAACGAGUUGGCAAACGGGCUCCGUCCCCCCUGACACAGCAGCUCAAGAAGAAGCGGACGACGGUGCAGGCAGCCUGCCAAAGCUGUCGAAAACGAAAGGUCAAGUGCGAUGGCCUCCGUCCAGUGUGCGCUCCAUGCACAUCUCUCGGCGCAGUGUGCGAGUACUCUGUGCCCGAGGGCCUGUCCCAGCGCGAUGCCGAGCGACAGCGCAUGAACCAGGUCUCCAAGUCGCACCGAGAUUUGCUCACCAUCCUGGACCUGCUUCGACGCGGACCAGACGCUGAAGCCGCCGAGAUCCUGCGGCAGGUGAAGACCGCCGCCACCCUCGAAGACGCCGUCGCACGCAUUGCCGAUGCCACCCUGCUUCUUCCUGGCGGUUCUCCUGAGCAAUCGCAAGGCACAGCCAGUCCCGAGAGCUCGACUUCGACGUGUCCAUACGACAGUUGCAGACUCCCACACAACAGGCGGCUAGCAUCUCCUUUUGACCAGCCUGAACACGUAUUCGAGGUUCUUUACCGUACCGGCCUCCCUGGCACCCUCUUCAGCUCGCUGGACCUAUUGGCCUCGGACGUCCUCCCCGUGUCUCGCUGGGUGCCUGGAUUUGAGGACGACUACCACCUCACCUAUCUAUUAACUCUUUUUUGGACCUGGGACAACACCUUUGCCAGUGUCGUCGACCGCGUUCUCUUUCUCGAGGACAUGCGUCUGGCUGAUCCCUUAGAUCCGGUGCCGAACAUGGAUCACACCUUUUGCACACCUUUUCUCGUCCUGUGCCUCUUGACAGUCUCGUGUCUUUAUUCAACACACCCCAAAAUAUACAGCGUCCCGGGUGACCAUUCCAGCCGUGGAUUGAAGUUCGCCCGCGCCGCCAAGCGCAUCCUCGAAGACGAACGUAGACGACCGUCAAUCACGAUGCUGCAGGGCAUCACUCUUCUGUGGCUAUACGAAGGCAGCGCUGGGGAUGCACGGCAGGCCGAAAGGUACAUGUGGGAGAUGGUGGAUCUCUAUUUCCAACUCGGCCUUCACCGGCGGACAGAGCCUGACAACUGCCCGGGAUGGAACUCAAGAAUGGGCAGGGAGCUCCAGGCAAUAUCCUACAUUGUCUGGGGUAUAUUCUCCUUCAAUGCGAAAAUCGCCGUCAACUUCGAAUAUCGCUUUUAUAUCCCUCGCCCAAGGUUUAAGAAGUUGUUUGACAACCCUCUCUCCUACCUGGCGCGAUCCGACUCGCCCACAGCGAACUGGUGUGCGUAUCCGGUAGAUUGCCGGUUCCAGCCAUCGCACCACCGAGAGGUCUUUGUUGCACAUUGUACCUUGGCUGAGCUUGCAGAAGAGCUUAUGGACCUGAUCGGCCGCUCGCGCGACCAGGUGCCCGAGAUCGACAAGGACACCCGGCUAGCGUUGGAGGGUGUUUACAAUGGCUUGAUCCGCUGGAGGGCCGAGCUGCCUGACCACUUGCAGCCGAACAACUCGACGUUGCCAUCGGUCCUGUCACUGCAUGCAACGUACGAGCUCAUCAUGAUCCGACUGCUGGGCCCGCUGGCGGCCAAAUUCCCCAAGGAGCGAUUCGGCGGCUCAACGGCGGGCGCACUCAAAAACUCGAGCAGUUUCUCCAUGAUCAACACGGUCUGGACUUUUCGGGCGCACUACACGCUUAAGCACGAGUACUGGUUGACGCAGGUCUGCGCGGCGGCGGCCAUGUCGGUGCUGUUCAACCUCGACGACGGCUGCGCCGACGUCUUUGUGCGCGCCUGCCAGGCCUUGCACGAGACGGGCGAGUUUGUGCGCAUGGCCAACAAGAACCUGACGGUCAUCCAGCAACUCAUCGAUCGCUACCGCAUCCGGCUACCCCAGGUCGGGCGCACGGUCGAGACAAGGUACUUUGUGGCGCUCCGGAACCGCCAGUCGACGGCCUACAGCGACGGCACCCGCGUCCUCAUGUACGUCCCGACGCAGGAAGGUGGCGGGGGCUGCAAGGUCGACAACAUUCAGGUAGGCAUGCUCAUCGCGCCAACCGAGACCCUAUCCCUCACUGUCGAUUGAGCUUGGGCGACACGAGACAAAACGGCGGAAGUUUUGGCUACAAAAGGGCGCAUUCUGGAUCACAGUGCCACGCUCGGUUAGAAAUAACAUUUUCUAUAUCUUUUGUCUUGUGCGCCGAUUUGUACUAUCUGCUUUUGCGUCUCUCGAGCGAACGUUUUUUUUUUCCUUCCUCUCCCUUUUCCUCGAUCCCGUCGCAUGUGUGUCCUGAUAUAGAAACAGGCGUAUCGGGACAGUUGGCUGACUUUCCCUAUGCGCUUUACAGGAUGAGAUUUCUGUCGCUUCUGCAAGGCCAGUUGCAUGUUUUCGCCCGUUGGCUUUGGUUACAGGACGGGGUGCUUUUGCGUUAUGACACAACGGGGGGGCGUUUGGGGUCUACGGGGGGUCUGGUCUUGGAGAGGGUGGGCGGGAUGGGUCAUAGUGGCGCAUCCAUGGGCCUGAUAUGCAAAAAGCUAGAAGGCUCACCGAGUUAUUGCUGAUGAAGUAAGCUUCCGUCCCGACGCCGAAGGAGCCAAUAUAAACAGAAAGUCACUUCGAUUUGAUGCCUUGCCUACAAGCGGCCCUCGUC